CCUGCCGUCACUACACGAAUGUUUAUUUUCCGUUAAUGGAGCAUAGAGGCUUAAUUGUGUUGCGUUUGGACCUUUCGGGAGCAGUCGAGACACGCAAUCAGCUGUUGACGAGCUAGAUGAUGCUGCGAUCUGCUGUCUAACAAUACGAGACUACAAAUAGUGAAGCAAGUAACUUUUUGACAUUGUAUAAAUAAAUAUUUGUUGGUUCAUUGUUCGAAUACUGGGUAUAAUUCGUUAAAAAUUACUUCAUUCUUUUUACCUUAUUUGAAAAAGAAAUUUGCCUUCGAUAAAUUUCGAUCGGGUUUGCACACACAGUGGUGCGUAUUUGACUGCUUACACUGGCAAACAAAACGUCGACGUUGUCGUGAAGGGCUGUUUAGCGAUAUUCGAUGCAUUGUGAAUUGGUGAAUUGAGUGCUUAUUGUGGUGUACUGUUAAUGAGGAAGUAGCUAUGACAUCCACUCCAAAAUCAAACAAUGAUGAUGUCCUCGGCGGAUGGUGAUUUUAUAAAUGUGGAACGAAGUACAGAUUGGAUUUGGGAUUGGAGUAGCAGACCAGAUCAAGUCCCACCAAAGGACUGGAAAUUCAAGCACCCAAAGAGGAAAACUUACAGCAUCCGUCAUGCUAAAGUUGGCAAGAACAGCCUCUUUUCAAAAGAGGUUCUGUAUACUCUGUUUCUUACAAACUUCAUAUCUUUGCUCCUGGGCACUGGUGUUGGGUAUGUAUUAAAAGCAUUACCAGUACUGCCAGCAAGGUGGCAUGGUGUUUAUUAGUACUUUCCUUUUUUAAUUAUAGUUAGCAUUGUAUUUCAGUUUUAGUUUAUAGAAUUUAUUGGAAAUGUUCUAUCAAAAAUUUCAAUUCUUCAUAUCUUCUAUUCCAUCUUGAUAGCAAUUUUUAAUGGUUAGUGAUCAACAGCUCUUGAUUCUUCUUAGCCCUAUUUCCAAUACCAAACUUCUAUCACUGCCUAUAAUGUCAAUGUAUGUAUACUUGAAGGUUGUUUUUACAUUUACUUAAGGUAAUAUGUUGGGUAUCCACAGCGAAGUACUCUCAAAAAGUACUUUAAAUGAAAGUCAAAGCUUUGCUGAAGAUAGUAAGAAAAACAUUUUUCCCUUACCAGCCUAAUUUUUUAAUAAAAUAAGUUUACAUUAAUUUAGGUUCUUAUGGAAAAACUUUCGCAUGCAUAUAUUUUUUUAAGAUAUUGAAGAAGUUACUAAGAGAAAGUACCAUUUUCUUUUAUUCAAUAGUGGUACAAAACUUUUAAGAAUCAGAUCAUAUUAAAUGUAACAUACCACACUCAUGAUAAUUGAUAAAUAACUGCUGCAAAAUUAAUCGCAAUUGGAAGUACUGGCUCUCAGCCUAGGAGUUGUACUGUACAAAUCAUACUAUUCUCAGCACUUCGUGUACAAGUGAAAACCACCCUAAUUUAAAAUGUUCCACGCAUAACCACAAACCACGUGACGAUAAUUUACAUUCAGUGUAAAUAAUGUGGACUAAUAUUCAAUGCAGAAAGAAUGAAAAGUACAGGUGCCAAAGUCAACCUAACCU